AUGUGCUUCAACAUCGCCAACCUCGCUCGCCUUCAGGCCGCUCGCGCCUCACGUCGUGAUCAUGGCAUGCUCCUUUUCCCCGGCAUCGGGGGCGCCUUUGCUCCCGCCGUCCCCGAUGGCAACUUGGCCACGGCUGAGGUCGGCUAUGUCGCUAACGCCUUCGCUGGCACUGGUGCCGACUUCAUCGCCGAUGGCGGCUUCGUCAACGACGUGUUUCUCGCCGGCAACACGAUAUUCCCCACUGUCGGAGGUGGGACGCAACGCCCCUCUCCCUCUGACGCGGCGCUCGUGAGGUGCCCCAAUUGCGGGGAUUGGAUCUCCAUCACGCAGCCGUACUCCAACUGCCCGAACUGCUCUGGCGAGUCGACGAAGAAGUAA